UGGAGCCUCAAUAGCCUGGGGCUCCAACCAUUCUGCCAGAGGCAGCCAGAGAACAGGUGUCUCCUGACUUCCUUGUCCCUCAAGAGCAAAGGUCGCUUCUUUGAUUAGUGGCUUGUGACCAGGGAGUGGACCCUUGGGGGUCUUGGGUACCAGGGAAUCUCUAGAAAGUCAUGCUGAGUCUUAAGCCAUGAAGGACUAUGCCGAUGUCAUCCUCUGUCCAGAGGCAACUGAGUUGAGCAAGACAGAGUUCUGCAAUCCUGCUUUCGACCCAGAAGCAGGGCCUUCUUGCCCUCCACCAGCAUUACAGAGAGAUGUCAGCAGCAGGCUCCAAGCUCCCUGGCAUGCCCAGCGUCUCCGGGGGCUACAGCCCGACUGCCACUUCUCCUGGCUCUGCAUCCUGCUGCUCAGUGGCCUGCUGCUCUUGCUGCUGGGGCUACUGUUGGCUGUCAUCCUGGCUCAGUUGCAGUUUACAUCCCUCCCCAGGACUACCAAGAACCCACUGCCUACCAGAGGCCUCACCCCCAUGGAUGUCAUUCCCAGCACCACCCCUACCACCACCACCACCACCACCACCACCACCCCAGAAAUCACAGGGCAGCAGGAGGCAGCCAUGAGCCCUACACACCAGACCACCUGCGGAGGACUCCUUUCUGGGCCCAGUGGUUUCUUCAGCAGCCCCAACUAUCCAGACCUUUAUCCACCCCUCAGCCACUGCGUCUGGCAUAUCCAGGUAGCCACAGGCCAGACAAUACAGCUCAAGAUUCAAGCACUCAGCAUAGAAAGUAUGCUCACCUGUCUUUUUGAUCGCUUGGAAAUUAUCUCAGAGCCUACAGGCCCUCUCCUCAGGGUGUGUGGUAAAACACCUCCUGCCACAUUAAACACCAAUACCAGCCACCUCCGUGUGUCCUUCGUCUCUGAUAAUGAUGUGGAAGGGUCUGGUUUCCAGGCCUGGUACCAAGCGGUGGCCCCUGGACAUUGGAGUUGUGCCCAUAAUGAGUUCCACUGUGACCUGCUCCUCUGCCUGAAGCAUGACUCUGUAUGUGAUGGUAUUACCGAGUGUGUUGAUGGCAGUGAUGAGGCCAACUGCAGUGCCAAGGGGUGUGGAGGGAACCUGACUGGGCUCUAUGGGAUGUUCUCUACCCCAAACUACCCACAGCACUACCCUCACCAACAGCUUUGUACCUGGUACAUCGAAGUGCCUGUGGGAUACAGGAUAAGGCUAGAGUUCCACAACUUCAGCCUGGAAGCACAGGCCGAGUGCAAGUUUGACUACGUGGAGGUGUAUGAGGCCAGCAAUCCAGGAACCUUCAGCUUCCUGGGCAGGUUCUGUGGAGCAGAGCCACCACCCUACCUCGUCUCCUCGAAGCACCAGCUGGCUGUAAUCUUCAAGACGGAUCUUGGUAUCAGCAAUGGGGGCUUUUUAGCCAUCUACCAGGCCGUCAAUACUACAGAGAACCUUUGUGGGCCCAGAGAGUUCUGCCAGAGUGAUGGAUAUAGGAAUCUGCAAUGGAUGUGUGACUUAUGGAAAGACUGUGCAAAUGACAGCAAUGACAACUGCAGCAGCCACUUGUCACCACAACCAGACCUGACCUGUGAACCUGUCCAGGUGGAGAUGUGCCUUGGACUAAGCUACAAUACCACAGCCUUCCCUAACAUCUGGGUGGGCCUGGCCACGCAGACAGAGGUGACAGACAUCCUCAGAGGUUACAAGAGUCUGACAAGUCUACCCUGCUACCAGACUUUCCAGAGGUUCCUUUGUGGGCUGCUUGUGCCUCGAUGCACCUCUCUGGGCACUAUCCUACCCCCUUGUCGUUCCGUCUGCCAGGCGGCAGAGCAGCAGUGCCAGUCUAGCCUGGCAUUACUGGGCACCCCCUGGCCUUUUAACUGCAACAGGCUGCCUGUGGCAGCUAGCCUGGAAGCUUGCUCCCAGCCCUGACUCUCUGUCUGCCCAUCCUCCUCUACCUAUAUGGGUGGGUGGGCAGGGCAGGCAGAAAACAAGGGCAAGGGUGGCCUGGAUAUGGGACUCUGCACAUCCUCUCUGGUGCUUCUCAGAGAGGAAAAGGACCAGUUCCAACUCUCACCCUGCCCAGGACGAAUGGGACUACCCCAUCUUUCCUCCACCUUUCAUAAGCUCUUAUUUACCAAGACAGCCCUAGGCAAUGACCAGGCCCCACACUAUGCCACUGGACAGCCUAGCAGACUUCCUAUCCAAGCCUCUGACCCUGAUUCCCUGUCUUCUGACUUCCUGCUUUCCAUUUAAGUUCACUGUCACCUGACCUUCAAGCUUUUUGAUGUAGUCAACAAACUGUUUUGAGUGACAGCUGGUGUGCUAGGACCCUAAUCUAAGCCUGGAGGUCCAAUUGGCUCUCUUGUUUUUGGAAUUCUUCACCCUGGGCCCCCUACUAAUCCAGUUCUCCACCCCUGCGCCACCCCCACCCCCACUACAAGUUUUGACCUUGGACUCCAUCAUUAUCCCAUUCCUCCCUCCCUCUAGCUCCUGGGAACUGGAGCCCCAAGUGUCUGUCUCACGAUUCAGCCUCUUGGUAAUGCAGGCUCCACUCUCUCCUCCUCCUCCUUUCUCCACACCCCCUACAUCCCCACAAUUUUGGCCGGCCGCCGG